GUCUGAGAAACAGGUUGAUGCUGCAUUUCGCACGCGUUCGUGUUUCGUCACUCCUUCCAUCUUCCACCGCUUCGCUGUCAGCUUUCACCAUCUCUUCGUUGUGUCUUACCUCCUCUCUCAGCUCCACACUGCGCGCAACAGAGCGUCGCGACUAGCGACAUCAUCACACUCCCAGGGCAACUCUUCGUCGCGCAGGGCCGUCUCCUAUUGCCAUUUUGGUCUUUUCGACCCGCCCCCUCCCUUCGCUCUUCUGCCACAGCAUCUCGACUGCCUCGCAUUUAGAACACCAUGUCGUACGCCAGACCGCCUGAGCAGCCUUAUGCUCACUCCAAUGCGUCCCAGUACGAGCAAGCCAGCGCCUACUAUCAGCAGCAGCAACAUGGCUCUGAUGGCUACGGCCACGGCUCUCAGGGAACAUACGGUCACUCGCAAGGCGGCUACGGUGGAGGCGUAUCUGGAGGCAGCUAUGGAGGAGGCUACAAGUACGAUGAUCAGCAAUCCAGCAUGUUUGCUCCUUCCGAGGCGCACCACUACGGCCAGUCCAGCGCUGCGCUCAACACUCCUUACAGCGACUUUCCUCCCACACCCGGUCAACCUCGCGCAAAUGCAGCCUCUGCCGCAGCCCAAAAAUACUCGUACGCACCGCAGAAGAAGGGUGUGAGCAAAUGGAUCAAGAUCGGUAUUCCGCUCCUGCUCCUCAUCAUUGCUGGUGCUGUUCUCGGCGGCAUCUUCGGUUCGCGCGCUGCCAAUAAGGAUAGUUCGGCGAGCUCUUCCAAGUCUGGAUGGACUGAUUCUACCAGCGGCGACAAGCCCUCCUUCGUCGGCAGCGAUGUUCUGCAAAGAGCCAGUGCUGCUGCCGCCAGUGGCAACGUGGACGACCUUCAAUAUCACGGUACCGAUGCGUAUGGUAAUCCCUCCUUCAAGAGCAGCGCCACUCAGGGCUCUCCCUCGGCGUCGAACGGCUACCAGGUUGACUCCUUCAAUGGCGGCUCCCUUCAAAAUCUGCGCUCUCAUCCUCGUAUCAUGACCACCCAGCAACAAUGGCAAGACCUCCCCGGCAAGAUCAGCAAGGAUGCUUACCUGACCGUCUGGAACGACACGAUUUUCAAGAACGCCACCGCGUGGUUCCCUAUUCCUCCUACCAACUACAGCAUUGACGGUGGUUUCACAGGAAGUGGUAUCCUUGACCCUGCUCGUGAGCUUCAGCAGCGCGUCAAGACUUUUGCCUACGCAUACCACAUGAGUGGCGGCGACACCAAGUGGCGUGACCGCGCUUGGUCCGAGCUGAACACGGCUGCAGGCAACAAUCCUCAAUACCCUUGGGGUGAAGGCGCCCCCGAUGGCUCGAUUUGGAAUGCCAACCACUUCUUGGAUCUUGCUGAGGCCACUACUGCAUUUGCCAUCGGUUACGACUGGCUCUACGAUGCUUGGACGGACGACCAAAGAGCCACUCUCCGCAACGCGAUAGCAACCAAUGGCCUCGUCUUCGGUAACAAUGCUUACACUGGACAGAACGAUGGCGGUAACUACGGUUGGUGGCAUUUGCCCGCGAAUGGAUUCGGCAAUUGGAAUUGCGUUUCUAACUCUGGCUUGCUGCUUGGAGCUCUUGCCAUUGCUGGCGACGAUGGUGGCAACACUACGAUCUCGACCUUGGUGUCCCAGACUUUCAACAAUGUGCUCGACAACAUGAAGCAGAAUUGCAUGCAGGGUGUAUACUCGGAUGGAACUUGGAGCGAGACGCCCAACUACUGGUAUUUCGGUACCAAUGCUCAGGCUCGUGCAGUCUCAGCCCUGACUACUGCUACAGGAAGCGAUCAGGGCUUGAUGGCUGCCAACAACAACUGGUCCAAGACGGGUUACUUCCACAUGUACGUCUCGGGCAUGGCUUCCAUGUUCUUCUACGGUGACAAUGGACCCAACAAAUUCUCGACCAAUGCCAACGGCAUGUUCCUGUGGGGCGCCUUGUCAAACAAUCCUCUCUACGCCCUCUUCCAACGCGACCGCGCAGAUGCAGCUGAUCCGCUCAGCAUGUUCUGGUACGAUCCGUCCACCAAGGGAGCAUUCUGGAACGGCCUGGACCUUGACAGGUACUUUGACGACGGACGCGGUUCUUGGGCUUCGAUGCGCUCUUCGUGGACUGACUUUACUGGCAUGUAUGCGGCCAUCAAGUCGUCCAAUUUGACUGGACACCAGACUCAUGGAGAUCUCGAUGCUGGUACUUUUGUCAUCGACGCACUUGGCACCAGAUGGGCCGGUGAGCUUGGCAAUGGCAACUACCUCUCCACCGACUACUUCAGGGAGGAGGUGCCUACCGCACUGCGUUGGGGGUACUACAAGAAGGCCACUCAGGGUCAGAAUACGCUGGUGAUCAAUGACCAGAACCAGAUGCCAGAUUGCCAACCCAUCAACAAGUUUGAGACUACUGGUGCCAAGCAGUCCAACAGCGUCAGCUACACGCCGGGCACCAACGAUGUCGCAUACUUUUCCACGGACAUGAGCUCUGCAUACAACAACUCCGGCUCAGCAUUCCCGGCUAACACCGUCAAGCGAGGAAUCCGGAUGCUCAACGGCAGACGGCAAGUCCUGGUCCAGGAUGACAUUGGCGCGAACGGCGGCAUCCAAAAGAUCCAGUGGCGCGUUCAGACCAAUGCGACUAUCACGUUGUCCGCUGAUCGCCGCACCGCAACUCUCACCUUGGAGAACGCUACUGACCCCAACGCAUGGGGAGGCAACACUGUCGCUGGACCUGCUCCGCUCAUCGCCCGCUUCGACAAGCAGACGAUGAUCGUCAAAAUUCUUUCGCCUGCCACCGCCACUUUCGGCGUCACUUCGUUCAGUGGCAACCCGGAGCAAAAGCCCACGCGUAUCUACGGCACAGAUCCAAACACUACACCCGGAGAGCAAGGUGAUCAGCCCAUGCCCGGGAGAUCCGUUCUGACAAUCACUCUGGAUGGCGGUGAUGCUCAGUCGAUCCAGGUCUUGUGGCAGCCUCAGUGGUCGAACUUGAACGAUGCUGACAAUAAGGAGCCACCCAAUGUCCCCAUCGACAACUGGAGCCUGACAAGUCACAACUAGAUCAUUAUAAGGUGCCGUGGCCGAACAAUCAAGUCUCUUACCCAAGCAAGCCCCUGGCGCUGGCCGCAUUUCAAUCAUCUCACAGAUCCGCAUUCGCAGUGGGCGGCGAGCCUUUUCCAGGCCGCAUUGCCGAUCCGAUCGCAUCCAUUCACUCAUUCAAUCACUCGCUGUGGUCUACUUCAACCACUACGGACAUUUUUCUCCCACCUCCACCCUCGUGACUGUCUUGCCAAUGUGUCGCGCGUGCCAAUCCUCGCGAUUCCGAAGUCUUCCCCAGCGCCGCCGCCAUAUCUCCAUUUCAGGCCCAUUCUCGUAUUCGAGAAAGUAAUUCUAGCUUCUACCUCGCCUGUGCUUUUGCGUGCCCUCUUUAGCUGCACGAGUCGAUCGAGAAUCAAUGAAUGUCAUUAUUUCUGCUGCGGAU